CUCACCCCCCCCCCAAUCCAUCGCCUUAAACAAAAGCGAACGACAGCGACAAUCACCAAAAAUAAAAUCAAGAAGAAAAAAACAAAGUGCCAAACCUAACCUCAUAACCGCCAUACCCGCACCGUGACUCCAAUACACACGCGCACACCCACCUACACGCACACAUACGCAGACAUACACCAAACCCUUGUUGGCAGCGGGAGUCACGCACGGACCAUACACUUUUCUUAAACGAACGAGCACAACAGGGUGUGCCCGAAGGAGGAAAGAAGGAGAGAAAAAAUAUCAAGAUGCGCCUCCCCACUUGUCCGCCCCCGCCUGCCGCUCAAACGCACACUCCACCUCGACAAUCAGAAGAUCACGACAUCGAUCCAUCACCCAUCUAUUCACCACUAUCCACACCUUCCCCGCAGCCACCCCCCUCUCCUCCGAUGGCUGCGGCAGGAUUCACAAACCCCCCCCGCUCUCCACUUCUACCUCCACCUCACUUCUCCGGCUCUUCUAUUGCUACUGCCGCUACCGCCACCCCCUCCACCAGCACAUCGCCUUCCCGCACCCCUUCGCCCAGAUCUCCAACUCUCAAGCCAGAGACGAACAAAAACACCGACUCGAUCGCGUUAAGCUCAGCUCUCCGGCUUCUCAUCCUCCAACGCGAGCGCGCAAAGCGAGACAUCCAGAUACUCGAACAACUGAGAACCGAAGCUCUAGACGCUCCCGUCGAAUUCAUGAACGCCCUAUCGCUAAAGUCGCCCCCCUCCCCCACCUCUCCUACCUCUUCAACUUCAAUCCCACCAUCUGGAGUGCGCUUGCCGAAACCACAGGAAAUAUACAAGUGUCCACCAAUCGAGUGGGAAAAGUAUAGGAUUUUGCCCACCCCGCUGGAGCGGCUACAUGAGGAACAGAAGAGGCUGGUCCCGCAACAGAUGCAGACCGGAGGUGUGUUGGGCGUGGGCGUGGAAUUUGGGGACACUAUUGCUGGGGGAGAUGGGAUCCAGGGUCGUAUGAGACUUUUUGAAGGCGUGGGGCAAAGAGGAGGGGUUGUCGGGAGAUAGAAUUGCCCUGCGGGGAAAAUGGGGAAUAGAUGGGAGGAUAAAGGUGAGGGAGAACCUGGAAAAGAUGGGAGAGGAAAAUGUGAAGGAAAAAAAAGGACAAAAUAUCGAAAUAAAGUUUGAUGGACGGUUUAAAUGUCAUACACUUUGCCUUUUCUUUUUAUCUUACUUUUUACCCCUUCUCGCCCCCUCCCCCCCUUUUUCCUUCCCCUUUCCCCUGCUUGUCUCCUCGCCUCCCCUCUCUUCAUUCUGUGCUCCUUUUCUUCUUUUCCCCACUGCUUCUUUCGAUUUCAAUUCCCCACCCCCUUCAUUUCUUUUGGCACCUACGGAAAGUCGUUGUUAUCUCCUGUUUUCCACUUUCUGAUCUAUUUGCCUCUUUUUAUUAUUCUUCUCCUUCUUUCACUCUAUCUUUUGCUUCUGUCUAUCCUACUCUAUCUAUCAAAUAAACGGGGGAUGUCGGAAUGGGGGGAGGCUGGCAAAGCGAGCCAGGUUGUGCUGCGUUGAAUCGGAUUGGAUGGGAUCGGGUUGGAUUGGAUUAAAAGGUUGGCAAUUGAUUGUGAAGUAUAUCAAGUAGAGUACCAGUUAGUAAGCAACUAAGUAGGUUAAGUUCAAGCGGGAAUGCAAGCAUGGUGUGUGGGAAAAAGAUA